AUGUGCAGCCUAAGGGAACAACUGCAACGCAAGGAGAGUUGGGUGUACGUCAAUGUGUACCACCACCCUCUUCCUUCCGCCACCACCACUUCCUCCUCAUCUUCCUUUCGAGGAGGCAAGCCACCCAGCCAAAUUCGUGUGGACUCACUCUACGCCUUCUCGCCUAUUCUUGAUCGAUGGUUUCGGUUAAGCCAAGGCACAUCCCCCCGCUCCUCUCGCCGCAUCAAGACAGUAGCAGUGAAGCACAAGCAGUAUAUCUUCGGAGAUGGCCUUGUUAUCCGUGACGCUGUCACUGGCGCCUGCACACGUGGUCCGCAGUUGCCAUCAGAUGCUUUCCUCAACAUGCAGCUGGCAGCUUCUGAUUCGCAUGUUGUCCUUGUCAGCACUACACCGCAGGUCAUAUUUGGAAAUUCGGAUAGCUUUGGAGAUGUUGUUGCGCAUGUGCUGGCGGUGGAUGAAGCAGGCAUGCCGCAUGGAGACUGGAAGAGACUUCCUCCACGCCGGUGGAAGGGCGUGAUCUCUCUGCUUGCCCACGAGGGAGGUCUUUGGCACCUGAUUGGGCGAGAGGCACAGGGCUUGCAGGAUGGAGGUGUGAGAAGAUAUGGAGGGCUUGGAGGAAGGCGAGGAGGAGGGGAGAGGCGGUACAGGUGGGAUCGCCACAUCGCAUCAUUCGAUCCGUGUACACUGCAAUGGAUAGAGACAGAGGAGGAAGAGGACGAUGAAGAGGAGGAGGAGGACGGGGAGGGUUAUGAUAUGUUGCGUGAAGUUGAGAUUCGUGCUGCUUUUCUUGAUGGUUAUACUCGUGUGAGUAGCCCUGGGGAAGUUGAUUGCGGGGAAGGGCCGGGGGGUUGCCACAAGAAGCUGUUGCUGCAAGCAGCUGCUGCGUGUGAAGCUUUGAGGCGCAGCCGGGACAGUCUGAGGCAAUCCUUGCUCGAUCUCCAAGGGAAGGGCUUGCAGGUGGAGAUGAGGCGUUUGUUAACGCCUGGGCGUUUGGCUAUCGAUGACAGAGGACGAGAGCCGGGGGGUGGAAAGGAAGGGAAGCAAAAUGCAAAGUGCGUCAGUCGUCGCUGGAAGGCAGCUUUAGAAGACGAGCACCUGUACAAACUAAGGGAGCAACUGGGAUGCAAGGAGAGCUGGGUGUACGUCAAUGUUUAUCACCACCCUCCCCCUUCCGCCACCACUACUUCCUCCUCCGACUUUUCUUUCUUUCUUUCACCCAGCCAAAUUCGUGUGGACUCACUCUAUGCCUUCUCGCCUGUUUUCAACAAAUGGUUUCGGUUAAGCAAAACUACGUCUCCCCGCUCCACUCGCCGCGUCGGGACAGUAGCAGUGAAGCACAAGCAGUAUAUCUUCGGAAGCGACCUUGUUAUUCGUGAUGCUGUUACUGGCGCCUGCACACGUGGUCCGCAGUUGCCGGCUGAUGGUUACUUCAACAUCCAGCAGCUGGCAGCGUCUGAUUCCCAUGUUGUCCUUGUUAGCACCUUGCCACUGGAAAUGUUUGAAGCCCCGGAUAUACUAAAAGGUGUCGCUGUAAAUGUACUGGCGGUGGAUGAAGCAGGCAUGCCAGACGGAGAGUGGCAGAGACUUUCUGCACCCAGGUGGACGAGCCUUAUCGCUCUGCUUGCUCACGAGGAAGGUCUUUGGCACCUGAUUGGUCGAGAGGGGUGGGACUGGGAGGAGGAAGAGGAAGAGGAGGAAGUGGAAGGAGGAAGAGGAAGAGGAGGGGAGAUGAUGCGGUAUACGUGUGAUCGCCAAAUGGCAUCAUUCGACCCGUAUAGAUUGCAAUGGAUAGAUGCAGAUGAGGAGGAAGAGGAUGUUUAUUAUCCUUUGCUUUAA